GCGGGGUCCCCGCCCGGGCGCGGGGUGGGGAGCGGGCGAUCCCCAUCCUGAUGGAGCUGCGGGAUCGACCCGAGGCUAUUCCUGCUGCCCGGCUGACGGGCGGGAGGAGGCGGGAAGAUCCCGAGUUCGUGAUUUUGACUUCCCUUUGUGUUGGUUUCCCUCCCUACAAUGGCUACGGGUGAAGAGAUCCCCCUUGGUCUGCAGGACUCAUGGGGGGACUUCUGGCUCUUCCGUUUCUUUGUUAAUGCUGCUGGCUAUGCAAGUAUUGUGGUGCCGGGAUUCCUCCUCAUCCAGUACUUCAAGAGAAGGAACUACCUGGAGACAGGCCGAGGCAUUUGCUUCCCUGUCAUCAAAUCAUGCGUGUUUGGCUCUGAGGCCAAGUCUGUACACCAGGACGAUGGCUCCCUGCCACCUCGAGCAGAAUCCACAGAGUCCUCUACAGCCCGACAGGUCUUCAAACUGCUCUUCUGCGCUGCUGGUCUACAGGCCUCCUACCUCACAUGGGGUGUCCUCCAGGAGCGUGUGAUGACAAGAACUUAUGGUGCCACUGAAACAGACCCUGGUGAGAAGUUCAAGGACUCCCAGUUCCUAGUGUUCAUGAACCGCAUCCUGGCCUUCACGGUGGCUGGUCUGUACUGCGCCCUAACCAAGCAGCCACGCCACGGGGCUCCUAUGUACAAAUACUCUUUUGCCUCCCUCUCCAACAUCCUCAGCAGCUGGUGCCAGUAUGAGGCACUCAAAUACAUUAGCUUCCCCACCCAAGUGCUGGCCAAGGCCUCCAAAGUGAUCCCAGUGAUGAUGAUGGGCAAACUUGUGUCACGCAAGAGUUAUGAGUACUGGGAGUACCUGACUGCUGCUCUCAUUUCCGUGGGGGUCAGCAUGUUCCUGUUAUCCAGUGCUCCCAACAGGCACGUGUCCACCGUCACUUCUUUCUCAGGCAUUGUCCUCCUGGCUGGCUACAUAAUCUUUGACAGCUUCACCUCCAACUGGCAGGAUGCCCUCUUCACCUACAAGAUGUCUCCCGUGCAGAUGAUGUUCGGUGUCAACGUCUUCUCCUGCCUUUUCACAGUGGGCUCACUCCUGGAGCAGGGUGCCUUGCUAGAGUCAUUACGCUUCAUGGCCCGCCACUCAGAAUUCACGGCCCAUGCUGUGCUGCUCUCAGUGUGCUCUGCCUGUGGCCAGCUCUUCAUCUUCUACACUAUCAACCAGUUUGGGGCAGCCGUCUUCACCAUCAUCAUGACACUCCGCCAGGCCUUUGCCAUCCUCCUCUCCUGCCUCAUCUAUGGGCACACUGUUACAGUUGUGGGUGGGCUGGGAGUAGCGGUCGUCUUCAUGGCCCUCUUCCUCCGUGUCUAUGCCCGCAGCCGCAUGAAGAAGCGCAGUAAGAAGCUCCCACCAGGCGAGUCCCCUGUACAAAAGGUCUAAGGAGCUGAGGCCAUGGUAUUGAAGCCGUGCCUGCUGUCCUACCUCCGCUUGGGGGUGCUUGCUUGAUUUCUCAGAACCCGCUGAGGAGCAGGGUGAGGUAUGGCUAGAAUGGACCAGUGACUCACUUUUCCACCUGCUUUUCCUGGGGAAGGGACUGGAACAAGCCCAGAGAAUGCUCCGGGCUGCCCCAGCUCUGAAACCUUUCCGUUUGCCUUAAUGGAUCAAGGACUUCUGGUCAAGACGUGGGCCUGGGAGGCUCACAUACUGAGGGAGAAACGGCAUGGGGCUGCUGGCACUCUUGCCCCAUCUGUGUCUCGUGGCUUCUCUCCAAAGUCACUGAUGAACAAGGGAGCUCUCUUCACUGGCACUGUCUUGCCUCUGGCUAAUGCUUCUCCAUUCGUCACUACUACAGAGCUCAGCAGGAGGAAAGGGCAAGCAAAACACUAACUUUCUUUUUGAAACACCUUGAUGUGAGACAAGUCUUAAGCUGAGCCUGUCGCAAGGUUAGGGGACUUCUCAGCCCUGCUCCCAGCAGGUGCUCCAGGUAGGACAGGCACAGCUAAGGAAAGGACUCCCAGUCUGUCUUGCCCCAUGCCUGGGAUCUGUCCUGGAAGGGCACUGCAGUGAAAGCUGGUACGUCCCAGUCUGGUUUUAUCAAUUCCUUGCUUCUGCUCCAAGACACUUUUCUUCGCUUCCCUUGGCCCAGGCCAAUUUUUACACAGAGACUGAGGCUGGCCGGUACAAUUCCCAAGACUUGCUGAGUUGUUCUAGGUUGCUUUUUGGUUACAUCUGCUGCUGUUGUACAGGCCAAAGGCUGCGCUGCCCAGAAGCUCCAGCAUCACCUCUGAGUGUCUCAGUGCCAUGGUUUCUGGGCUUUGUAGUUGCCAUUCAGAGAAGCACAAAUAGCCCCUCUUCUUCCUGCCAACUGGAAGCAUCAGCCCCAGCUUUCUGGGGGCCCAGCAGGAGCCCCACUGUGCCUGGAGGGCUGAGAGAUGGGGCAGAGCCCACUUGCAGUGCCUUGUUCCUGCUCCACAGGCAGCAGGGUAUGGAGCGAGUGGGCACCCGCUCCUCAGGUAUCAGGGGACUGAGCUGUGCAAACUGCUCUUCCCCAGAAGCCUGGGUUUUACUGGUUAACCCAUUUCUCCUCAACACAACCUGACUGUCAAGCCAGCAGGUUUUGGUACUUUUGAAAGGCGACUUUUUUCGGAUUUUAUUUUAUUAAAUUAAAAAUAUGCUGCAUAUUGUG